CAGAGACAGAGACGGAGAGACUGAGACAGAGAGAGGGGGCUCUGCGGCCGGAGCCUACAUUCGCCGCACUCCCCACCUAGCCGUCCGCCAGCCGGUCACAGUCACGCAGCCCUCGGAGCAGGAGCAGCAGCGGCAGCGGCAGCUGCAGCAGCGGGAAGAAGCAGCCAAGCCCAGUCCGGCCCAACCGCCGCAGCGAUGGAGCAGUUAUCAGAUGAAGAACUUGACCAUGGUGCUGAAGAAGACAGUGACAAAGAAGAUCAGGAUCUGGACAAGAUGUUUGGGGCUUGGCUUGGGGAGCUAGACAAACUUACACAGAGUUUGGACUCUGACAAGCCAACAGAACCAGUAAAAAGAUCUCCUCUUCGUCAGGAAACAAACAUUGCCAAUUUUUCUUAUCGUUUCUCCAUGUACAAUUUGAAUGAAGCUUUGAAUCAGGGAGAAACUGUGGAUUUGGAUGCUUUGAUGGCUGAUCUAUGCUCUAUAGAGCAAGAACUAAGUAGCAUUGGAUCUGGAAACAGUAAACGUCAAACCAUAGAAACAAAACCUGUUCCGAAAUUACCUACAAGCCGACAUACCUUGAAACAUGGCACCCUGAAAGGAUUGUCUUCAUCUAAUAGGAUAACUAAACCUUCACCUGCCAACUACUCCUUGGAUGACAUUACUGCACAAUUAGAACAAGCUUCUCUCAGCAUGGAUGAAGCUGCUCAGCAAUCCAUAAUGGAAGACGCCAAACCUACAGUGAUUAAUCAGCAUAGGAGAACAGCAUCAGCAGGUACAGUGAGUGAUGCUGAAGGACGUUCUGUUAGCAAUUCAUCUCGUUCGAGCAUCACUUCUGCAGCUUCCAGCAUGGAUUCUUUGGAUAUUGAUAAAAUGACACGCCCUCAGGAACUGGAUCUGACACAUCAGGGGCAGCCAGUUACAGAGGAAGAACAGGCAGCCAAAGUGAAGGCGGAGAAGAUAAGAGUGGCCCUGGAGAAGAUUAAAGAAGCCCAAGUGAAGAAGCUUGUAAUUAGAGUCCAUAUGUCUGAUGACAGCUCUAAAACGAUGAUGGUAGAUGAGAGACAGACAGUGAGACAAGUAUUGGAUAACUUGAUGGACAAGUCACACUGUGGCUACAGCUUAGAUUGGUCACUAGUAGAAACCAUCUCCGAAUUACAAAUGGAGAGAAUCUUUGAAGAUCAUGAAAACUUAGUUGAAAAUCUUCUAAACUGGACAAGAGAUAGUCAAAACAAGCUUAUAUUUGUGGAACGUAUAGAAAAGUAUGCACUCUUCAAAAAUCCUCAGAACUAUCUUCUGGGGAAAAAGGAAACAUCUGAGAUGGCUGACAGAAAUAAAGAAGUGCUUUUGGAGGAAUGUUUUUGUGGGAGUUCUGUGACAGUCCCGGAACUUGAAGGAGUGCUGUGGCUGAAAGAUGAUGGCAAGAAGUCCUGGAAGAAACGUUAUUUUCUCCUGCGAGCUUCCGGUAUCUAUUAUGUUCCUAAAGGAAAAGCAAAGGUUUCCCGGGAUCUUGUGUGCUUUCUUCAGCUGGACCAUGUCAAUGUUUACUAUGGACAAGAUUAUCGGAACAAAUACAAAGCACCUACAGACUAUUGCUUAGUCCUAAAGCACCCACAAAUCCAAAAAAAGUCUCAGUAUAUCAAGUAUCUUUGUUGUGAUGAUGUUAGAACUCUGCACCAGUGGGUAAAUGGCAUCCGAAUUGCAAAGUAUGGAAAACAGCUCUACCUGAAUUACCAAGAAGCAGUAAAAAGAACAGAGUCAGCCUAUGACUGGACCUCCUUGUCCAGUUCCAGUAUCAAAUCUGGAUCCAGUUCUUCUAGUAUACCAGAGUCUCAAUCAAAUCACUCUAAUCAGUCUGAUAGUGGAGUUUCUGAUACCCAGCCAACAGGGCAUAUUCGUUCCCAAAGUAUUGUGAGCUCUAUCUUUUCAGAAGCUUGGAAACGAGGGACUCAAUUGGAAGAAUCCAACAAGGCCAGAAUGGAGUCUUUGAACCGACCCUACACUUCACUUAUGGCCCCUUUAUCCCCACAAACUAAGACAGUUGCCCCCUACACUGCUUCCCAGCCUUCCCCCCAAUCCCCACCUGCCCCUCCUGCUCCUGUUCCCCCACCAACAUUACCCAAACAGAGCUUCUGUGUUAAACCCCCUCCUUCUCCCCAGUCUCCGGUGCCGGUGCAGGUGCCGGUGCAGGUGCCGUCUGUGGUGAAGCAGAUAGCCAGCCAGUUCCCGCCCCCCCCUGCCCCUCCUCCAUCAGAGCCCCCACCUCUAAAGCCUGCACCGUCGGGCCUAACGCCCCAAUCUCCCCCUGCCGUGAAAGCCAAGCCCAAGUGGCAGCCCAGCUCCGUGCCGUCACCCGACUUUCCUCCUCCACCACCGGAGAGCAUCCUUGUGUUUCCACCUCCACCAGCAGCGACCCCUGGGGUCCCUCCCACCCCUGAUAAAAUUGGAUCUCCAGUCAAAAAGAGCAGCAAGACCUCCAGCCCUGGGGGGAAGAAACCGCCUCCCACGCCACAGAGGAACUCCAGCAUCAAAUCCAGCAGUUGUGCUGAAUAUCAAGAGUCUAAAAGACCUUCUGUGGACAGCCUUGUUAGCAAAUUUGCACCCCCAUUGGAACCUUCAGGGUCUCCCAGCAAGGAGACCCCCGCACCUCCUGCAGCGCCACCAAAACCUGGAAAACUCAACCUCUCUGGAGUCAGUCUCCCGAUGGUCCUCCAGCAAGGAGGCGUCACAGCAAAAGUUCCUGUCGUGAGUGGCCCUGGGAAGGACUCAGUGGUGGAAUUUCCUUCUCCUCCUUCAGAUUCUGACUUUCCACCUCCUCCCCCUGAGAUAGAGCUUCCUCUGCCCCCAGUAGAGAUCCCGGCGGUGUUCUCGGGGAGUGCCCCCCCCAGAGUGGCUGUGGUCAACCCUCAGCCUCAGCCGUGGUCCAAAGCGUCCCUGAAGAAAGCUCCUCCGCCCACGAGGCCCAAGCGCAACGACAGCACCCGCCUCACCCAAGCCGAGGCCGCCGAGCCGCAGCCCACCGCUCCUGUCGCUCCCCAAGUGCCCACCUCUCCCAAGUCUAGCCUCAGCGUCCAGCCCGGGUUCUUGGCUGACUUAAACAGGACACUGCAGCGGAAGUCCAUCACUCGGCAUGGCUCCCUCUCUUCUUCCCGGAUCUCCAGAACAGAGCCGACGGCCACCAUGGAUGACAUGGCUCUGCCGCCUCCCCCCCCUGAACUGCUCUCCGACCAGCAAAAGCUCAGCUACGGAGGGAGCCACAUCUCAGGCUAUGCAACGUUGCGGAGGGGGCCGCCUCCUGCGCCCCCUAAAAGGGACCAGAACACCAAGCUCUCAAGAGACUGGUAGCCACUCUGGGAUUCUGGGUCAUUCUUCAGUCUGCUAAUCUAAUCUACAAAUUCAGGUGUUCGGCACCUUCCAUGUGACAGAUGGGAUCCAAACGGGAUCCAGCUGUAGCUAAGGGUAAUUGUACAAGUCCCCCCCAGCCCCCAUACUUAGUCCAGAAAAGGGUUGUGUGUUUGGGUGGGAUAUGUGUGUCUUAUUCCUCGAUGUUCCUUUUUUCUUUCACGUGGAUUGGACCAAAAACCUUUCUUACUUUUCCGCAUUUGAGAUAUUUUGUAGUGUCUGUCCAUGUGCAAUGAUACUCCGUUUGUGCAUGUUUUAUAAUCUAUAUUGAGUAGGUUUAUAAUGGGACAUUUCUCACAAUUAAAAAGACGACCAGAAUGUCUAGUUUCUCUAGACUGCUUGAAUCUUCUCCAUAAGGCACUGGAAAAGGGGGCAUUUCAAGCCAGGAAAUGCAGCUCCACACCUAGAGUAAGUGACAAUUCUAGGACAGUUUGACAGACCACAUCUUACCAGUUGCUUAGA